AUGGCGGACAUCUCCGCCACGCCCAGCAGCGAAAUGACCAAUCUGAUCACCGACUACUCUGGCGAUCCCGUCACUCUCGACGACAACCUCGGCCUGCGCCCUCGCGCCCGCGCCGUCUCCGGCCUGCGCCCCUGCGCCCGCGCCAUCUUCGGCUCAGCGCCGCCCAUCAUCCAGCUCGCCCUCUCCAUCGCCACCUCCAUCUUUGUCGUCACCGUCGACUUUGUCCACUACUUUCUCACUGCCGCCCGCCGGCUCGUUGUGCGCGCUCGCGAGCGAUUCACCGCCGCUUGCGCUCUCUCUGCGGCCUGCGUGGCUCGCGCUAUGACUCGCGUCGCCUUCGGCUCCGGAGUCUACUGCGUUUUCACCAUCCUGCUCACCGCAGCACUGGCAGUGGCCGUGGAGCCCGCCACCGGCGAGGUGCUGUGUUUGCGAGCCAUACACAGCUCCUCGGCCUUUGAGGCGUACGAGGAGGCGUUUUGGGGCGUCAUCUGUGCAUACUUGCGGCGGGAGCCGGCGUCCAAGCCGGCCAGCCUCACGUCGAGCGACCGUGCGCUCGCCGACUACAUCUUUGGGCUUCUUCAGGGGUGCGGGACAGACGUCGCGUGCAUCGACGCCUCCUCGCAGCGCGUCCAGUGGCCGGCGUCUCUGCUGCGCGAGACGCUGCGCCUCCCACACCCACAGCCGGCCACGGAGGAGCGCGCCGCAGCUCGGCCGGCGCCGGCGGAGCCACCUGCGCCGACGCACUCGCUGCCCGCCUUUUUCCAGCCCGAGCCGGAGCCUGCUGCGGAGGCGGGGCGAGCAGAGGAUGCGCCCCUCGUCGCCGACGUGAUGGCGGCGGUGGUGGAGGCGCUCGCCGCGAGCGGCGAGGCUUCGGCCUUGCUGCGCGGCGCCGCGGGCGAGGAAGGGCGUGGCGCGGGAGAGCGCGGCGCGGCGCCUGCAGGCAACCUGGGGACCGCACACGGGCCGGAGCAGCUGGUGCUACUGGGCGCGUGCCACCACGCGGAGUGCGGCAAGCUGCUCCCCCGGCGCAAGCUCAAGCGGUGCAGCGCGUGCAAGGUGAUGCUCUACUGCAGCGCGGCGUGCCAGGCAGAGAACUGGACCGCGGGCGGGCACAGGCAGGUGUGUAGGGAGCUCCAGAGCAUGAGGGAGGCGAGGGUGGCGGGAGGGGGGAGGGCGUGA